CAGCUACAUUAAAUUGGGAGUUAUCUGUCUAAGGAAAUCUAUUGCCACACUCAUGACCAACCCGGGAAAGAAGAAAAGUCCGACAGUAUUCCAUUCGUGACCACUCGUAUCAUUCCGGGGAAAGUAUUGCUGCUAACGGAAAACGGCGUGCGGUGCCGAAUACCAGAACGGAUCGACCUUUGAUGACGAUUGGAACUGUUCAUUGUCCGGCGAUACAUAUCACACCCGUCUUGGAGGCAGCCCUCAUUCACCAUGUGCGUGCCGGAUUGUUAGCUGCAGAAGCAGUGUGGAAUUCGAGUGAUAACUUCAUGACCAUUCGAUGCAAUGGACGUCUCUUCACGCAUAGGGGUUAUCUUGAUUGAUCUCCAGAAGGCUUUCACCAUAGGGCAGUGGAUGCAAGCAAUUGGACCAGGUGACGUCACACGCAUCUCCCAAGUGUUCUCUCGGUCGGCUCACAUCGUGAAGCAUCUCUCUGACGAUGUCCCGCUUCUGUUAACACGCUGUCUUUUCGGCCGGGAACAUGACUUCGAGUUUGACUCUGAGGUCUCAACCAGUCUUGAACACAAACACUACACAGAGAUCAUUAAACCUAACACUAGAAUCCUAGAUUUUGAUCCAGUCGGUGUUAAAGCUUGGAUUCAGAGAAUCCGGGAAGAAAAUAUUAAAACAGUUUUGAUUGGUGGGUGCACGACAACCAGUUGCGUCAGACAGAGCUCCAUACAACUGCAACAGCACUUCGGCCAGAAAGGUGACCUUCAGGUCGUAGUUGACCUGAGUAUGUGUGGAGCUCGCGACAGCAACUAUUUGAAGCGAUGCGCUGUUUGUAUGGAAAAGUACAUGGGUGGUUAUGAUGUUCGUUGCAAGGGGUGUGAGGAGUCUGGGGUGAUUCUGACGUCACCGGUGGACAAGGCCGUGGAAGAUAUGACGCAAGCAGGUGUCACUGUUGUAGAACAAUUUGAUUGGUCGAGAUUUCUGACAGAAAAAUAAAUCGUGUGUGUAGA